CCACACUCUGAGAGGAUGUUGCGGCGAUGUGUGGCGCCGAUGUUGGCGGCGAAAUCCGCGACAACAACGGUACCGGCAGUCUUGCAAGUCGUUGGAACUCCCCGAGUCACAGUCAAGGCCAACUUGGUGCGCCCACGCCCGUUGUCGUUUCGCUUGAACAGCACCAGCUCGACCCCUCCACCGAUCACCACAGCGGGCGGCCCUCUCCAAAAGUUCAAGGACCUGUGGAACAAGUACGGUUGGGUUGGUGUUGGAACGUAUCUCGGCGUAUACGUGGUGACGUUGGGAUCGAUGUUUGUUGCGAUCGAAACAGGAGUGCUGUCAACGGCCGCACCGUCCAAGGCCACCGACAGUGAAGACAAAAACGAGGCGUUCAAUAUUGUGACGGCCACAAACAAGCUGACGGAGUGGACUAAGUCAAUCGGUCUUGGCGCCCACUUUAACGUCCCCGACGUGAGUCCAACCACGGGAACAUUCCUCAUUGCAUGGGUCGCCACCAAGUUCACGGAGCCAGUCCGGCUGGCUGUGACCCUCAUGAUCACUCCUCGACUCGCCCGCUUCCUCAAGACGCGCAAGGCGUAGUGUACGUUGUAGCUCCUGCCAGCUUUUAACAGGUGAUCUGAACAGUCCCAGCACGAGGGAUUGGUCGAAGCAUGAGAUCGUGUUAGCAGUGCGUUGUUCGAUAUUAGUGGCAAUUAGGCUGGAUGCUGAAUCAAGAGCGACGCGUCCGAAGAUGAAGCAGAUGAUGGAGUGUUGUUGGACUGGUGCCUCUCGAGUUCCUUCUUUACGCGACGGUAUUCGAUCAAUUGCUUUUUGGAAAUGCGAUGGCCAAGGACGAGCAUGAAGAAGCUUACCGCAACGGAAGCAGUCUGAAGCACCAGUGACGUGGCUACAUACGAUUGAAGGUCGGGGCACGAGAGACCGGCCGUAUUUGCUUGGAGGGCCGCAGACAUGCGGCAGUUGUCUUGGAACGACGAUGUCGACAGAAACGGCAGCAAGAAGUGCCGGAUCGAAAAGACAGACACGACCACGAUCGACGCAUGCAAACUCGUGUAGAGCCACGACAACGUGCAAAUAGGGAGGCGGCCGCAGAUGCACCGACCUUUCCAGGUGGACGACGCACUGAACGCGAUGCUCGAGGCCACCGCUGCGAUGAAGAUGAGGAUUGCCAACGUUGACGUGGGUUGAGGCGUGAUAAGGAAAGCUGGGCUGAACGUCACUGCAUGCAUCGGCAGCACAAAGAGGAGCUUGCACUCGUCACGGAACAUCGUAGCGGCGGCAAUGGGCAGGCGCUGAUUCUUGCGUUCGAAAUUGCCGUUACUGCGGGGAACGAUAAUUACUGUAAGAAAGGACGAACAAUAAAAACACCACAAGACUCUGCA